CAAAGUUCUCUGAGAUAACACAGUGUGUGUUUAUUGCUCCUGAGAGACACCACUACUCUUACACUGUUGCACUGUACAGGUACUAGGUGCAGAGAAAAAAAGUCUGGGUCUGUAAGACGACUCAACUUAAGAGCUUCACGUGCUGUGUACAAGUCGUGUGGAUAUGAGCAAACUGAUCUUAGACAGACUUGCCUUGCAGUUGCUGUUUGGAGUAGCACACUGACCGGAGACAUGAACAAAUUUUAUUCAAUGCAGGUGGAGCCAGAGAACGGGACCAACGUUAGAGAGUCCUUCAAGUUUGUGUUGGAGGAGAAGAGGGAUGUAUGGAAGGACAAUAGAGAGGAGCAAUCAGAGCCCUCCUGUUGUCUCAGUGUCAGCAAGAUCACCUACACAGUCAGUGAGCGUGUGGGUCCGUGGUGGAACUUACCCUCCUACAGGAAGCGAUGGACUCGUCAGAUCCUCAAUGAUGUCUCCUUCCACGUGGACAGUGGACAGAUCAUGGGCAUACUGGGCAAUUCAGGCUCAGGAAAGACUACAUUGUUGGAUGCCAUCUCAGGGAGGAUUACAAACUCUGGUACACUGUUGGGUGAGGUCUUCGUUAACGGCAUGAAACUGAAGAGAGAGGAGUAUCAGGACUGUUUCUCCUAUGUACUGCAGAGUGAUAACUUGUUGAGUUAUCUGACAGUGGAGGAGACUCUGACCUACACAGCCCAGCUGGCCCUGCGGAAACACUCGGCCGAAGCCAUCAAGAAGAAGGUGUUGCAGGUGAUGGCCGAGCUGAGUCUAAGUCACGUGGCCCACAGUGUUAUUGGAGGUCGUGUUUUCCCGGGAAUCUCUGGGGGUGAGAGGAGGAGGGUCUCCAUUGCUAGUCAGCUACUUCAGGACCCAAGGGUGGUCCUAUUGGAUGAGCCGACCACUGGGCUGGACAGCAUGACCGCCAAUCAGAUCGUGGUGCUGCUGGCAGAGCUGGCCAGGAGGAACCGUAUCGUCAUAGUAACCAUCCACCAACCACGCUCCGAGCUCUUCAGGGUGUUCAGCAGGAUAGCUAUUAUGAGUCGUGGAGAGCUGGUGUUCUGUGGGCAGCCAGAGGAGAUGGUGGACUUCUUCAGCCAAUGUGGAUAUGAGUGUCCAGAGUACUGCAACCCCUUUGACAUCUAUGUUGACUUCACCUCAGUGGACACACGCAGCAGUGAGAGGGAGGCAGCCACCUUUAGUCGCAUGCAUGAGAUCACUUCAGCCUAUCAGAAGUCUGCCAUCUACCAGAGCAUGCUGGAAAAAGUGGAGCAGAGCCUGCAGCGGGCAGACAAGCCAGCCAUCCCCUUCAAGAGCAAAGAGUCACCUAGUGGUGCCACCAAACUUGAAGUUCUGCUCAGGCGGACAGCAAGAAACCUGUCCAGAGACCGGAUGGGUGUUCUGAUGCGUUUGUCGCAGAACUUGAUCUACGGUCUCUUUGUGGCCUUCUUCGUGAUGCAUUUAGAUAAUGACGUCAACAAGGGUGCUGUGCAAGACCGCAUUGGCAUCAUCUAUCAGAGCAUUGGUGCUUCACCCUACACUGGCAUGCUGAAUGCUGUGGCUCUCUUCCCGGCAUUGCGAGCCAUCAGUGAUCAGGAGAGUCAGGACGGUCUGUACAGUAAAUGGCAAAUGUUCUUGGCCUACAUCUUCCACAUCCUGCCUUUCAGCAUACUGAGUGUUUUCAUCUUCACCUCCUUCCUUUACUGGACGGUGGGGAUGCACCCUGACAGCUUGCGUUUCCUGUGUUAUUCUGCUGUAGUCCUGGUCCCACAUAUUACAGGUGAGUUGCUGACUGUGGUGCUAUUAGGAGUGGUCCAAGACCCUAACAUGGUCAACACUGGAGUGGCUCUGCUCAAUAUUGCAGGGAUCAUGGUGGGAUCUGGCUUCCUAAGGAGCACCCAGCAGAUGCCAAUGGUCUUCCAGUGGCUCAGCUACCUGACCUUCCAGAAGUACAGCUGUGAGCUGCUCAUAGUCACAGAGUUCCACGGACUCGAAUUCACAUGCAAUAUUUCCAAACCUUUGCCAGGAGCCUGCAUUAUCACUCAAGGCAGUCAGAUCAUUGAAGAAGGCUAUCCUGGCGCUCUGUCCCGAUACACACUAGACUUUCUUCUCCUAUACUCCUUCCUGCCUGCUCUCCUGCUGCUGGGCAUGAUCAGCUUCAAGAUCAGAGACAGGCUUGUACGUCACUAAAACUACAGACACACACUUACCCUAAAGUUUUGCAGAAUAAUGUAUUAUGGUUCAGAGCAAUGAUGCAAGUACAAAGAGCUUUUGUUAGACAUGUUCUCAG